UAACAAAUCUAUAGACGUAAAAUAAAGUCGUUAAAAAUAGCGUAUUUUUAUUAUAAUAGGUAUUUUAUAUAAAUAGAAUCAUGAAUAGUAGAACAUUUCUUGAUAUUGAUGAUUCGAUAUUAACAAAAAACUUAAUAUUACCCGGAAAUGCACAAAAAACUGAUGAAUUAAUGAAACAAUUUGAUUCAAAACCGUUCUUUAUUAUACAACCUACACCUGGAAUAUGCAUAAAAGCAAAAACUGAAGAUGGAGAAAAAAUUUUUCUAAAUAUAUGUACAUCAGAUAAAAUACCACCAGCUGAGGAUAUAUCUGAUGCAAAACUUUUUAAGAUAUUAACAGAAGAAAAUCCACAAUUUGUAAUACCUAUGAGUAUUGGAAAUGAAAGACUUGAAUCUGAUAAGGGUGGAAGUCCUUGCGCAACAUAUGAUAUUGUAAUUAACACUGCAUACUUUGAAAAAUGCCAGAAGAAGAAAAAUUUUUUAUUAUUCACGAUAUCGGUUAUCAUGGAUGGUGUGUCAAACAAAUUUAAUAAAACUAUAAAUACAGAGGAUUAUGUAAUCCUUAAAAAUAGAAAGGUUAUUGGUAAAUUGCAACAACAUAGAAUAGAAAAUCGAGAACCGCGAAUUCCUUCACAAACUAAAAAGCCAUUAAUCGAAGAGAUCAAAUCACCGAUAAAAAAUCUCAGUGAAGAUCAAAAUAAAUCCAAUCAGUUAGGUAAUGUUUCUUCAGAAUCUGUUUCCAAUUCAACAUUGAAUUAUGUAUUAUUGAAACAACCAAAAAAAGGAAUGCCUACACAUUUGAUUGGUUUGUUUCAAAUGCCUAAAGGGAUUACUAGUAAAGAUGUCGAAGUACUUCUUGACGAAGAUCGCGUUGUAAUUACCGUUGAUAAAACUGGUCUCACACAUGACCUUUCAGUUCCAUGUAUCAUAGAUAUAGAACAUGUAAAAUGCUGUCUAGAUAAAGAUCUGAAGGUAUUAAGAUUAGACAUGCCUGUAAAAAACGUUUGAGACAACAUUUAAACGAAUUACUUUAUUUAAUUUAUUUUGUUAUAACAAUAACCUGAUUCACGUAUGACAGUAACAAACAUGAAACAUCAUAACAUUUAAAUAUAUGUAUUUAGAAAAUCGUAAAAUACAAAAAGUAUUAUUUGCUACUUCAGUUUCUUUGCUCAACAAAAAUAGAAUUUUUAUAUGCACAAAUGGUACAACGGAACGCGUAUGCAAAUAUAAACAUGAACUGGAUGUUUCUAGUAACUCUACAGAGUAAUUAGUACUUUUUGUGAUGUAUUAAAUAAAAUAUGUAAAAUCUGAACAUUGUAAAAGCAAUGUGUAACUUGUGACUGAUUUCUGUAUACAAAAAUAGUAUCACAAACACUGCUACUGGAAUGAUUUGUAUGAUAGUAACUUCGUCUUAUCACAUACUACUUUAAAUAAGAUUCAUAAAUUCAAGUAUACUAGUAUGAAAUACGGAAAUACAAAUACCUGAUAAUUUUAUAUUUCCGUGUAAAAUGUCGGUCGUUCAAUUCCAAUCAUUGUGAAAAAAUUUGGCAAGAAGUAUACUGUAUUUACGCCUAUCAUAAAACAAGACAAAUA